UUGCUUGGCUUAAAGACCUCUUUUUUGGAUUUGGUUUUUUUGUUUGGCUCACGUGAGCUCGGGAAGCGCGAUCCGCGACCAGUUGCCAAAAGCCUAAUGCAAUAAUAACGAGUUUCACGGAGUCUCUCGGCUUAUUUCGGUUCGGAAACAUUUCCAAAAAUCGCGUGUGCAGAUGCGCAACAGUCAAGUCGAGUCGUCGUCGGGUUAUCCAAACAAAUAAUAUCAAAACAUUAGCAUUUGAAAAUACGCAGCCUUGUCUCUGGGCGUCUCUCAGUUUUAAUUGAAUAACUACACUUCCAGCCGGUUCAAAGCGGUUUCAGCCGCAUGUUACCUUACCAUAAUUUACCUUUAUUAAAGAUCAAAAUAAAAUAAAAGUCUGCAAAUCACUCAGACACAAACCUAAUUGUCACACAGUGAAGUGAACUUAAGAAAAGAUCUCUCAGAAUAUAACCUCAGAAGCAGCUAUAACAGCAAAAGAUCCCUCGGACGUCUCUGAUUGUCAGUUAUACAGCUUCAGAGAAGUACUCCCAAAAAAGUGACUAUUAGUUCUGCUUUGCAAUUCCUCGCUAAUAGAACGGUUUGCUGGCCAAAAUGGACGCAUCCCACAGGAAUCAUCGAAAUCCAGCCUUCGUGGGCGACGAUGGACGCAGCAUUGCCAGCACAGUGGACAUUUCGGCUAGCAGUGCUGCUCCCCGGGAUAAUGCCAACGACGAUCCGGAGGCGAGUAAAUUGCCAGAGGAGCGUGCCACCUGGGGCAAGGGUGUGGAGUUCCUGAUGUCCUGCAUUGCCAUGUCCGUGGGUUUGGGCAAUGUGUGGCGCUUCCCCUUCACCGCCCUCGACAAUGGCGGCGGUGCCUUCCUCAUUCCAUAUCUCAUUGUGCUGUUCCUGAUUGGCAAACCGAUUUACUAUCUGGAAAUGGUAAUUGGCCAGUUUUCCAGCCGCGGUUCGGUAAAGGUGUUCGAUUUGUGUCCCGCCAUGAAAGGCGUCGGAAUCGGCCAGGUGAUAUCCAUAUCCAUGGUGACCACCUACUAUGUGGCCAUAAUGGGCAUAACCCUGCGCUACCUCUUCGAUUCGUUUCGUUCGCCGUUGCCCUGGUCCGAGUGCCGGCCGGAGUGGCAAUCCCAAUGCGUGGCCUCCAGUCUGGGUAACACCACCUCCCAGUUGGCCAAAACCGUGGAUAUGGAGAUGCUGGCCGGGCAGAAACCGGUGGCCUCUGCCGAGUUGUAUUUUCUUAAGGAGGUGUUGCACGAGAAGCCCAACAUUGAAAAUGGCAUUGGUCUGCCCAACUGGGAGCUAGUCAUUGGAUUAUUUGUGGCCUGGGCCUGCGUGUUCCUAAUCAUUCGCCGUGGAGUCAAGAGUUCCGGAAAGGCCUCGUACUUCCUUGCCAUUUUCCCAUACGUCAUAAUGGGUGUCCUUUUGGUGCGAGCUGUAACCCUGCCAGGAUCCCUGGAUGGCAUCUACUAUUUCAUUAAGCCACAGUGGGGCAAGAUCUUGGAUCCCAAGGUUUGGUAUGCUGCCGUGACCCAGUGCUUCUACUCGCUAUCGGUGUGCUUUGGCAACAUCAUCAUGUACUCCUCCUUCAACAAGUUUGGUCACAAUGUACAUCGAGAUGCUACGAUUGUAACUGCUUUGGAUACGAUGACUUCCCUGCUUGCUGGGUUUACGAUAUUCGGAAUUCUGGGACACUUGGCUCAUGAGAUUGGCACCGAUGACAUUGGCACUGUGGUGAAAGGAGGAGCAGGAUUGGCCUUUAUUUCGUAUCCUGAUGCCAUUGCCAAGUUCAAGCAGCUGCCGCAGAUCUUCUCGGUGCUUUUCUUCCUUAUGCUCUUCGUUCUGGGCAUUGGAUCAAAUAUAGCCAUGACCUCCUGCUCAGUGACAGCUAUCCGGGAUCGGUUUCCCAACUUUAAGCAGUGGCAGUGCUCCCUGCUGAUUGCAGUAGUCAGUUUUGUCAUUGGACUAAUGUAUAUUACACCGGGCGGCCAAUACAUGCUGACUUUAGUGGUUUUUGGUGCCUCGAUGAUAGCAUUGGUUCUAGGAAUUGCUGAACUGUACACCAUUGGAUGGAUCUAUGGCACAGAUCGCCUGUGCAAGGACAUUGAGUUCAUGCUGGGCCGCAAGGUCGGCCUCUACUGGAGACUUUGUUGGAGCAUAAUCACUCCCCUGAUCAUGACUGUUAUUCUGAUAUACUUCUAUGCAACAUAUGAGCCACUGACCUACAAUAAUAUUGUGUACCCCAGUUGGGCAUAUAGUAUUGGUUGGGUAAUUACCGCUUUUGGUAUAUUACAAUUGCCAAUUUGGAUGAUUGUUGCCAUUAUCCGAGAUCCAGGUCAGUCUCUGGGGGAGAAAAUUAGAGGGGCUUUUACUCCCAAAAAGAACUGGGGACCCACCGACCCUCUGCUCCGUGAGCAGUACAACAAGGAAAUUGAGAACGAUCUGACCCCAAAUCGGGGAAAGGGUAUUUGGGCUGCCAUCAAGCAGAAUAUUUUUGGUUAAUCCAAGCCAUUGAAAAACCAGGUGCAAUGUACAUAAAGUCCAAAAGAUCUUGUAUUAAUCCUAAGUCUGCCAAUAAACUUGAUAAGUAUGAAAUCAAAUA